AUGGCGGUCAAACCUCUUGUCCGGCCAAGUGAUGUCAGUGUGCAGACGUUGGUGAUGCCACUUCCUCACGAUGUCGAGAUGCCAUUACGUGCAAAUUCCAAGUCAAGACGACGACGCGCUAGUACGAAUAAAACCAGCAAAACUGCGCCCAAACUAGACACGAAUGCCAAGCUUAACCGUCCAGACAGCUCGCGACUGACUCAACAGCAAAUGCAUAUAUGGGAGCCAGUACUCACGCUUGGGUUGUCAGUUGGAAUUUGCUUUACGCUAGCAGUGCUGUGCAUUGGCCUUGGAACAGUUAUUGUCAUCACGUCCAGUGCACUUACAACUUUGCGUGUUGUUUACGACGGUGUUGAAGAGGCUCAAGCGAUACAAACAGAUGGUAAUCUAACCAAGCACACGAAUUGCCAUCUUGAGUCUUUAGAUGACGCUAAUUCGUUUCAUGCCGAUCACACAUGCUACGUGCACUUAAAACUUCCAAAUGAUCUUAAAAGUCCCGUGCGUAUUUUCUACGAGCUGGAUGGGUACUACCAAAAUCACCGUCGCUUCGUCUCUUCAGUUAUUCGCACGCAAUUCACAGAUGAGUGGCGUCCAGAAACUGCUACUUCUACGCUCGAAUGUUAUCCGUUGAAAACAAUUACAUCGGAAUUGUGUACUGUUGGUUUGUGCGAACCUGCUUCGUCCGCCAGACAACGAGAACUUUUUCCUUGCGGUAUCGUUGCAAAUACCCUAUUUAAUGACAUUUUCUGGCUGCACGACGGGCUAUUACCGUCUGGUGAAAAACUCUCGUUAACUGAUAUGACAUCAAAAGGCAUCACUCGUUCUUAUGCGGCACAUAACAACAAAAAUCCAACAUGGAAUGUGUCUUCUGAUAUUUUUCUCCCUGUGUGGUUGAAUCCAAACAUGAGUCGCAUUAUUCCGCCACUGAUAGGAGAAACAGCUCCACAUAUCACUCCAAAUUAUACAAAUAGUACUGCUUGGGUUCAUGACGCUCUGGACCCAGACUUUGGUGUCGGUGUUGGCCUUGAGAAUGAAUUUUGGCGCGUAUGGGUCGAGGGUGCCGCCUCGCGUCCAUUUCGCAAGCCGUAUGGACGUAUUGAGCGCGAUCUUCCAGCUGGUACAAUGCUCACAUUUGCAGUACAAUCGAAUUUUUUUGUAGGAUCCUUUGGCGGCUCAAAGGCACUCGUGCUUGAAGAAGUUGGGUGGUUUGGAAGUACUAAUUACAUUGUGGGAGGAUCCUUUCUUGGUAUCGGCGCUGUAUUUGCUGUUGCUGGCAUCGUUUUUACUGGUCGAAAGCUUUAUAAUUCUCGUACUCUCGGUGAUGCAUCUGCACUAGCAUGGAAAAGGAAUUUAUAA